GUUCAGGCUCCACCUUUCGCCGAUGAUGAGCAGAAUGAUCAGACUCAGGGUCACACUCCUACCAUCACAUCAAGUCAUACACACACACACACAAACACACACACACUAGAGCGAUGUGUUUCCAGCUCUAUUAUAAUAUGAAUAUUUCAUUUUUCCACCAAACUUUCCUUUCGGCACCAGCUCAGCAGUGACUGGAUGAGUGACUUUACGCGCGCGCGCGCGUGUGUGUGAGUGAGUGUGUGUGUGUGUGUGUGUGUGUGUGAGGGAGUGAGUGUGUGUGUGUGUGUGUGUGUGUGUGUGUGUGUGUGUGUGUGUGAGGACCACAGCCGAGCCGAGCCGAACCGGACCUGACCGCGGCGCGCGGUGGAAUCAUGAUGCGCAACGGAGAAGUGGUGCGUUCAGGCAAAACGCAUAUUUAGACUUUUACACUCUCAACUCGGUCCUUUGUUGGAGUUUCAGCUUUAAACCGACUUAAAGAAGAGAAACCUUCUCAUGACCUGAAGAUAGAAAACAACAACAACAACAACAAUAACAACAAAACUUUCCUUCUUCACAGGUUCCUCAACGUGCCAGGAAAAAUGCAAGAACAUUCACCGGAAGCAUUGACAGUCUAUAAAAUCCAACACCUAAACAUCUAAACCAAGAGCACCUUCCACACGACUAAACAUGGCUGUGCUUCUAGUAAAGAUCGACUCCCCCAUCAUGGCUCCUCUAGUUCUACCCAUGAUGGCCGUCCUCCUGCUUGUCCCUCCCAUCCCUGUCCAGGCCAGCCCGAGGUACGUCCCUGCACUACCCGGCGCCAAACGUGAGAUCGUCAUGGACGGCGACCUGGUGAUCGGUGGCUUGUUCCCCGUACACGAGAAAGGCGAGGGCACGCAGGACUGUGGUAAGAUCAACGAGCAGCGUGGGAUCCAGCGUCUGGAGGCCAUGCUCUUGGCGCUCGAUGAGAUCAACCAGGACAACCGCAUCCUACCAGGCCUUAAGCUGGGUGCCCACAUCCUAGACACCUGCUCCAAGGACACGUACGCGCUGGAGCAGUCGCUCGAGUUUGUCCGCACGUCGCUCACCAAAGUGCACCAACCCGGGUUCAUCUGCCCCGACGGGUCCAACCCCGUGCCGGACGAGGCGCCGCUGGCUAUAUCUGGAGUGAUCGGGGGAUCGUAUAGUGACGUCUCCAUACAGGUGGCCAACCUGCUGCGGCUCUUCCAGAUCCCUCAGAUCAGCUAUGCCUCCACCAGCGCCAAGCUGAGCGACAAAUCACGCUAUGACUACUUUGCGCGAACCGUGCCGCCAGACUUCUACCAGGCAAAAGCCAUUGCUGACAUCCUGCGCUACUUUAACUGGACCUACGUCUCAACAGUGGCCUCAGAGGGUGACUAUGGUGAGACGGGUAUCGACGCUUUCCAGCAGGAAGCACGUGUGCGCCAGAUCUGUAUCGCCACUUCGGUUAAAGUCAGCCGGUCCAUGAAUCGGGGCAAUUACGAGACCGUGAUCCGCUCACUGCAGCAGAAGGCCAACGCCAAAGUGGUGAUCCUGUUCACACGCAGCGAGGACGCCAGGGAGCUUCUGGUCGCAGCAGCACGCAUGAAUGUCACCUUCAUCUGGGUGGCGAGCGAUGGCUGGGGGGCGCAGGAGAGUGUGGUGCACGGCAGUGAGAAAGCGGCCAACGGGGCCUUCACCAUCGAGCUCGCCUCCUACUCCAUCCGAGAGUUCGAGGACUACUUCACCAAACUCACUCCAGAGCUCAACACACGCAACCCCUGGUUCAGAGAAUUCUGGGAGCACAAGUUCGGGUGUCGGCUGCACGAGCCGGGCUGCGCCAGACACAGUCUGAGGGAUGGCUCGUUCAAGCAGGAGUCAAAGAUCAUGUUCGUCGUGAACGCCGUCUACGCGAUGGCGCACGCUCUGCAUAACAUGCGGCAGGCCGUGUGCCCCAACACCACGCGAGUGUGCGACGCCAUGAAGCCUGGCAACGGCAAAAGGUUCUACCGAGAGUUCAUCCUCAAGACCAAGUUUGAUGCUCCAUUUAGACCUGCUGAUACAGAGAACGUGGUGCGCUUCACCUCUUCGGGUGACUGCUUGGGCCGCUACAACAUCUUCCAUUAUCAGCAAGAGAACGGAAGGUAUGCCUACAGGAAGGUAGGGUACUGGGCCCAAAGUCUGGUUCUUAAUACCAGCACUUUACAUUGGGCCGGAGGACCAGCGCCCACCUCCCAGUGCAGCGACCCUUGCCAUCCGAACGAGGCCAAGAGCAUGCAACCCGGGGACGUUUGCUGCUGGAUCUGCAUCCCCUGCCAAGCCCAUCAGUACCUUCUAGACGAGUUCACCUGUGAGGACUGCGGCUUUGGAGAAUGGCCUUUGGCCAACCUGACUGGCUGUUACGAGCUUCCAGAAGAAUACAUCCACUGGUCAGAUGCCUGGGCUGUAGGACCCGUGACCAUCGCCUGUCUGGGUAUGAUGUGUACCCUGGCCGUGGCUGGAGUUUUUCUACGGCACAACGAUACUCCAGUGGUGAAGGCUAGUGGCCGUGAGCUGUCCUACAUCCUCCUGUUGGGGGUUCUCUUGUGCUACGCCAUGACCUUCAUCUACAUUGCUAAGCCGUCGGCAGUUGUCUGUGUCUUGCGACGUCUCGGCCUCGGCACCUCGUUCGCUGUGUGCUACUCCGCCCUGCUCACCAAGACCAAUCGUAUUGCGCGGAUCUUCGGUGGAGUACGAGACGGUGCCCAGCGGCCUCGUUUCAUCAGCCCCGCAUCGCAAGUGGCCAUCUGUGGUGUGCUGAUCUCUGCCCAGCUGUUGGUGGCAUUGGUAUGGCUCCUGGUGGAGGCACCAGGUGUCAGGAAGGAAAUGAGUCCCGAGAGGCGUGACGUGGUGACUCUGAAGUGCAACAGUCUGGAUUCCAGCAUGCUGGUGUCACUCACCUACAACUGCAUCCUCAUCGUCCUGUGCACGUUCUACGCCUUCAAGACCAGGAAGUGCCCCGAGAACUUCAACGAGGCCAAGUUCAUCGGGUUCACCAUGUACACCACCUGCAUCAUCUGGCUGGCCUUUCAGCCCAUCUUCUACGUCACCGCAAGUGACUACAGGGUUCAGACAACCACCAUGUGCAUCUCGGUGAGUCUGAGCGGCUCGGUGGUUCUCGGCUGCCUCUUCGCCCCCAAGAUCCACAUCAUACUGUUCCAGCCGCAGAAGAACGUGACGACGCUGAGGGCCAAGGACAACCGGUUCUCCUCGGCCACUACGGCCCCCAGCUCCACCUACUCACACGGUAGUCAAAUACCUGCUUCAUCCUUAUCAGGGCUUCAGCCGCGACCGUAGUUCCUACCGUGUGUAAUGGACGAGAGGUAGUGGACUCUACGACUUCAUCGUUGUGAGGGAGGAACCGAGCACGACUGCACACGACUACACCAUCUCCAGUGAUGUCAUGGAUAAAUCUUUUAUCAAUGCCUCUUCCACCAAGGGUGCUUCUGUCAUCCGUUUCAGGCACUUACGCGGAAAUUCUAUUAAACAAAAUACUUGGCUAUCCAAGAGUUCAAUCAUUUAAAAUAAAUAAAUAAAUAAAUAAAUAAAUAAAUAAAUAAAUAAAUAAAUACAAAUCCUGUAAAUGUGACUAUGUGGAAACAACGUGCCAGUAUGAACUAGUAAGUAGGUUUGUUGCCACAUGAAUUUAUGUUUUUAAGUUACAAAGCUUCGCUGGCAACUAACGUUUGAAUGUUGGAAAGUUGGGACUUGCUGUAGUAUGGAAGUAAAGUGUAAAAUGCUAGAACUCCAGUUCGGAAGGGUCUUUAACACGACUUUGACGACACGCCCUCACCAAUAAGCAGUUGGGCGAAUUUCUUGGAUAUUCUUACUAUUUAACUUUUGACAAAAAGUUAUGAGUCGAGUUCUGUAAAUAUACAUACAUAUAUACAUGCAUACAUAUAUUUAUAUAUUACAGUUAUGUUAGAUAUCUAUCUAGAACAAGGAUCGGAUGUGGACCCAGCAAAGGGUUUCAGCAGAGGGAACCAAUUUCUUCAAAAGAUUAUUGUGGUUUAUCCAAAUCACAUGCAUUUAUGUAAAUGACUUAGCUGAAGGCAGCUCACUGGACCAGAAUCGAGCUGUAAUGUUCACAGAUUUUUCAUUAUAUUUACCUGCUCUGUGGUCUGAUCAGUGCGCUGAUGACGGCCCGUUUAAAGAAAAGUUGGCGAUGAAAACAUAACCUUUAAAGAUGGCUGGACAAAGAAGUUUGUGUUUAUUCUCCCUGCAUCAUUCGGUGGCGUUGAUCAGAUGUGUUGAUCAAACACAAAGCACCACCACAAAACAAAACCGAAAUGAAGUAAUCUUUAAUCGUUAAGAAUUUUAAAAUAACCAUAGUCACCAAUCAAUCGAUCACGUUAGUCUCUUAUGCAGAUCUUUGUAAGCAAGAACGUUUAUGUAACUGGACCUCCAGAAACUUUACUUGAAUACUCCUGAUCUAGAGUUGUAACCUGCUGGUGCGCUUAACUAGCCAGCUGUGACGAGACCAGAACAAAUGCGUUACGUCAUCAGUCCAUGUAUAUAUGGAGUAACUGGCUAAUGGUCAUAGGUUUAUAUUAAGAUUUUGUAAACAGGGAAAUGUCAGAUCACAGUAACUUCUGAGUAAAUACAUAUGAAAUCUCAGUCCUCCAAAAGGGUCAUCUAAAAAGGUUUUCCGUCAGAUAAUGAAGCAUUUGAACAGCCCUCAAGAGGAACAAGGGGAAUUGGUGAGGGAAAAAGUCAAGAAGGGCGUGUUAAAAAAGAAAAGGAAAGGGAACUGUAUUUAAAAUUCAUUUGUAUGAAGUGUGUCAUAGAAGUGAAUGCUUUACAGCGCACUUUGGAGUUUAAGGAACAUUAACCGUAGAUAUUUGACUUUACAUAUUUAUAAAAUCUGAACUUCACUGAACGAAGCUUAUCAGGUAACAAUAUUCUUCGUCAGUGAUGGCACCAAGACACACACUUUCCAGCAUUUUGCUGUAGGUACAACCCUGAAAAGUUGUUCUUAAAAUGUAUAAUGUUUUUAGAUCUACAGUAUUUAGUAUUUAAAUGACUGCGAAAUUAUUUAGACCUAUUAUAUAUAUAUAUAUAUAGUUUGCUGUUAGAUUAGUUCAGUGUAUUAUUUUCAUUAAUAGCACUGAGGUUCAAAUAUUGAAUGUGCAAUGAUAAUGAAGUAAAUAAACAACUUUUCAGGGGGUGUAUUUACUUUUUCACACCACCGUUUAUGAUUUAAAUAUGAAACAGUGGUAGCUGUUAGAUCUGUUUUUCAGAAAAUGGUCGCGUUUGUGAACCUGACUUGAAGCAGAGCUCUGGGAGGACGUGCGCCAGAGCUCCGCCAUGUUUUACUUCCGUAGCUCAUUAGCAGAUUUGCGUUGUUCUUUACGUGCCGUUAAUGAAAUGUCCCACGUUUUUAUUUCCGUGCACUAGUUUAGUGGCGAUGCAAGAACAAAUCCCUAUAGUCGGUAUUUCCUUUUGAACUUGAAGACUAAACCUUUAGUGUGUCAGAUUUGAAUAAAGUAUUUGAGAGUAGCUAUAACAAUACAUGUUAUAGGAAUGUGUUUAAAUGUGAACUUUGGUGAACCCGUCAGUGCUAUUCUUGUAAUA